AUGGAGAAAAAGGAGGCUGCACCAGCUCAUCCCCUUGGUGUAUGUGAGAAGCUCUAUAAUGCCUUCGCCAAUAGGCCUUCCCUCAUCCAUCUCCGCCGUCCCCGCCUGACUUCUGGAGCUAAUUCACAUGUUGCAGAAGGCCACCACAGCCCCUCUGACAGCAUAAGCUCUUCGCCUCCUGCUGCUGCAAAAGAUAAUCAGCAGAAGACGGCGGCAGCUGCUGCACUGACUCUGCCCAAAGAAGUGCCUCCACCGCAGAAGGAAAAGUUGGCUACCAAGCCGCCUGAGACACAGUCUCCACAGAUACCAAAGGACCAACAGAGGAAUACUAACCUCCCUCCUUCUGUAACAAAGUUGCCGACGAGGCAGGCCACCAUACCUGAGAAGCAGAACGUAGCACAGUCGGGGCCACCAACUGCACCAGAGAAGACGGGGCGACCACCAACUUCUGUCCUCAGGUUGGGCACAGAGAAAGCAAAGAUAGCGGCACCUGCUGUUUCCCCGCCGCCACCGCCAGCAGCGGCAGUCCAAGGCAAAGCAGCACCACCUCCAGCUGCGCCACCAACGGCACCAGCAGUUCAAGCUAAGCUUCCAGCUCCAGCUGCGCCACCAACUGGGCCAUCUCUUCAAACAAAGGCUCCGCUUCCAGUGGCGCCACCAACAGUGCCCCAAGUUCAACGUAAAGCUCCACCACCAGUUGCGCCGCCUACAACGGCUGCUCCUGCUGCACUGCCGACAGUUGCAGCAGAGGAGAAAGGGAAGCCAGGCGUUGCAGAGAAACCUGCGCCAGUUUCUGAGAAGGGAAAGGCUGCUGCACCAAUGAGGACCAUAACAAACAUAAACGAGAAGUCAGAGAACUUCAUAAGGCGUGCAAGGAAUAGCUGGCGAAGUUCCAGCGCUGUUGGUGGGACUCGAAAGGAAAGCUAG